CGAUCAUCGAUUGAUUUAUAUUAUAACAUAUGAAUUAUAAUUAUCAUAAUUUUCAUUAAAUUUAAUCAUUCUAGAGAAAUUAUUAUAUAUAAUUGACGAACAACGGUGAAAAAGAUUUAAAUAGAACAAAUAAGUAUAGUGUGAAUACAACAUGGUUGACAACGUGGUAUCAUCCGAUGUGCAAACUUUAAAUAUUAAGGAAGAAAAGGCACGGGUCAUAUAAUUAUCAUUUCGUUUAUAUCUUUAAUUUUUAAAAAUCAUGUUGACGUCUUUGCGAUUUUACGGUUAUAGGAUCAUUUACAGUGGUACUAGACGGAAGUACGCUUGGGUUUGUUAUAAAGCAAAAAUGAAGCCAGGAAAAGAGAAAAAAGUUGCAGUUGAAAAGAAUUCAAUUUGUGAAUUAAAUCCAUGGCCUGAAUAUAUACAAGAACGUAUAAUAUUAUGGGAUAAAUUAAAAGCUGAAUACGAUGCUGAAAUUGCUAAUAAAGAAUCAGAAGAGAUAAUUGUGACGCUUCCAGAUGGGAAAGAAAUUACCUGCCAAUCAUGGCGUACUACACCAUAUGAAAUUGCAAGGAAUAUUAGUCAAGGACUAUCGGAUAGUAUUGUAAUAGCAAAGGUUAAUAAUGAACUUUGGGAUCUCGAUAGACCUUUGGAAUACAAUUGUAAACUUCAACUUCUUAAAUUCGACGAUCCAGACGCACAACAAGUUUUCUGGCAUUCUAGUGCUCAUAUCCUUGGAGAAGCCAUGGAAAGAAUAUAUGGUGGUUGUUUAUGUUAUGGACCUCCAAUUGAAAAUGGUUUUUACUAUGACAUGUACCUUGGUGAUAAAGGUAUAUCUAAUUUAGAUUUUCCUUCUUUGGAAACUUUAUAUAAGGGAAUAGUUAAAGAAAAGCAACCAUUUGAAAGGCUCGAAAUGAAAAAGGAAGAUUUAUUAGAAAUGUUCAAGUAUAAUGAAUUUAAAAUACGAAUUUUAAAUGAUAAAGUACAUACUCCUACUACUACGGUUUAUAGAUGUGGCCCAUUGAUCGACUUAUGUAGAGGUCCACAUAUUAGGCAUACGGGAAAAGUUAAAGCUAUUAAAGUUACCAAAAAUUCUUCAACCUAUUGGGAAGGUAAUGCGGAAGCAGAAUCAUUGCAAAGAAUAUAUGGAAUAAGUUUUCCUGAUACUAAACAAAUGAAAGAAUGGGAAAAAUUUCAAGAAGAAGCUGCUAAACGUGAUCAUAGAAAAAUUGGAAAGGAACAAGAAUUAUUCUUUUUCCAUGAACUUUCACCGGGUUCUUGCUUCUUUCAACCACGUGGCGCUUAUAUUUAUAACACUUUAAUCGAAUUUAUUCGUGGUGAAUAUAGAAAGAGAGGUUUUCAAGAGGUUGUCUCCCCUAAUAUUUAUAAUAGUAAAUUAUGGCAAACUUCUGGUCAUUGGCAACAUUAUGCAGAUAAUAUGUUUUCAUUUGACGUUGAGAAGGAAACGUUUGCAUUAAAACCAAUGAAUUGUCCAGGUCAUUGUAUGAUUUUUGACGUACGAAAUAGAUCUUGGCGUGAAUUGCCUUUAAGAAUGGCAGAUUUUGGUGUAUUACAUCGUAAUGAAUUAUCUGGCGCAUUAACCGGUCUUACUAGAGUUAGACGUUUUCAACAAGAUGAUGCACAUAUAUUUUGCACGAUAGAUCAAAUCAAGGAUGAAAUGUUAGGAGCAUUGGAUUUCCUACGUCAUGUAUAUUCUGUAUUUGGUUUUACAUUUAAUUUAUGUUUAUCUACGCGCCCUGAAAAAUAUUUGGGAGAUUUGGCUCUUUGGGAUUUAGCAGAAAAAGCAUUGGAGGACAGUUUAAAUGCUUUUGGAGAAUCGUGGAAAAUAAAUCCUCAGGAUGGUGCUUUUUAUGGUCCUAAAAUUGAUAUAACAAUUAUGGAUGCUUUAAAAAGAUCACAUCAAUGUGCUACGAUACAAUUAGAUUUUCAAUUGCCAAUUAGAUUUAAUUUAUCGUACAUCAAUGAAUCAGGCGAAAAGACAAGGCCAGUAAUUAUUCACAGAGCUAUAUUGGGUUCUGUAGAAAGAAUGAUCGCUAUCCUUACCGAAUCUUAUGCAGGAAAGUGGCCAUUUUGGCUAUCACCAAGACAAGUAAUGGUGAUUCCUGUUGGAACACCUUUUGAGGAAUAUGCGAUUGAAGUUAAAACAAAACUUUGGGAGGCAGGUUUUAAUGCAGAAGUUGAUACUGAUUCUAGUGAUACGAUGAACAAAAAAAUUCGUAAUGCUCAAUUGGCACAAUUUAACUUUAUACUUGUUGUUGGAGAGAAAGAACGAAACGCAGGAACUGUGAACGUUCGUACGAGAGAUAACGUUGUUCACGGUGAAAUUAAAACGGAGGAUUUAAUCGAAAAGUUUAAAUUAUUUAAAGAAAGGAAAGACCGUAACUGCGAGGAAAGGUUUCAAUAAAUCUACUUUCUUUAUCAAGACAAUUUAUUUAUAUGUAGGUAAUAUCACUAAGCUUGAAAAAGUUAUAAGAUACGAUCUUAAUGCACUUUAAAAUAUUGGAAUAAAUCCUUUUCUGCAAUAUAUAUAUAUAUAUUCUUAAAUAUUUCAUAUAAUUAGCUAGUUAGGUAUACAGAAGAGGGAAAUAAUUUAGUAUGUUUUUUCGUACGCGAAUAAUUAUUAAGUGACAAAUUUAUAUAAACAGCUCAUUUGAAAAAGGAAAAAAACAAAGAAGAAGAAGAGAAAAGAAAACGAAGAUUAAUCUAUCCUUUUGUUUCUUAUUAGAACAUUAUAGUCUGAACAGAAGUGUAAUAGUGUCUGAUUAAGAAACAUGUUUUGCAUAUAAGGAAAACCCACUCCCCCUCCAGAAAAAAAGACAACAAGAAAAAAGAAAAAGAACAGAAAGAAAGGGGAUAAGGAAUAAAAAAAAAAAAAAAGUGCUUCAGAUCAUUAGAAUUCACAAUAUUUCAUAUAUGACAUAAUAUAUUUAUGAAAAGUUUUUGCCAUAUCCUAACUUUGGUAUUCAAUUAUGGAACUUCACAUUGUAAUUCAGCAUCAUAAAACGAUAAUCUUUUGCAGUAGAUAGAAACAAAAAAAAAAACAAACAAGAGGAAUGUGUCUUGUAAAAAAAAAAAAAAAAAAAAAAAAAAAAAACCCAAAAAAAAAAAAAGAAAAAGUACAUACAUACAAUUUUCAAAAGGAUAGCUCAACAAGUUGCCUUGUUAAAAUUGAAAUAAUAGAAAGAGAAAAUAGAUGUUGAUUGCUUACAUUUUCACAUAAUCAAUAUAUGAUAUAAUAUUAUGAGUUUGUGAUUUGAAAUGUUCAUCUCAAUGGCUGUGCUCCAUAAUUUACAAGUAGUUAACACGUUGAUAACGUGUAUAACUGCUUUGAAUACAUUUUAGGAAUAAAAUGCACUCCAGUCUUCAGAGAAAGGAUUUCCAGCAUUUUUAUAAGAAACAUAAAAAAAAAAAAACAAAAAAAAAAAGAAGAGAAAAGACAAAUAAGAAUCUUUGAAAAUAGUAUAUAGUAACCAUUUUGAUUCCUACCAUUGAAUACAAAUGUGAUCUUUAAUUUUCUUUUUAUUUUUAUUUUUUAUUUCUUUUUUUUUUUUUUCUCUCUCCUUUGAUUCCUUUAUCAAGCACUAUUCAAAUAAAACUCACAAUCGCUUUUUCA